CAACCAACAAACCGGUUUUCUUCAAGCUCCAGGUACACCGGCAGCCACGCGCGUCCCCCAGUAUUCGUUAAUCCUUCGAGUAGGUGAAGAAAUUUUCGAAGAGAAAUGAAUGAUUUUGGAUAUGCAGUGGAAGUAACUGGCCUCUCUCCGAAAGCUACGGAGAAAGAUGUUUACGAUUUUUUCGCCUUCUCUGGUGCCAUCCAACAUGUCGAAAUUGUUCGGUCUGGUGAUUAUGCGUGUACUGCCUAUGUGACAUUCGAGAAUGCUUAUUCUCAAGAGACUGCCCUCUUGCUUAGCGGUGCAACAAUUUUAGAUCAACGUGUAUGCAUAACGCGCUGGGGGCAAUGUGAAGAGGAGUUUCAUUUUUGGAACCCUUCAAGAAGCCACGAAGAUGAAACAAGUUCAAGUCAACCUCCAUUGGGAAGCCAAUUUGCGUCUCAUGCUGGAGAAGCUGUUUCGUUCGCUCAGGAUGUUGUCAAAGCCAUGCUGGCCAAGGGAUAUGUAUUAGGCAAAGAUGCUUUAACCAAGGCCAAAGCCUUUGAUGAAUCUCAUCAAGUUUCGGCAACUGCUGCCACCAAAGUUGCCGAACUAAGUGAGAGGAUUGGCCUCACUGAUAAAUUUUGUGCCAGCGUUGAGGCUGUGAGAUCUGUGGACCAGAGAUACCAUGUAUCAGAGAACACCAAAUCAGCCAUUUCCACAGCAGGAAGAACAGCUGCAGCUGCUGCAAACACUGUGAUCAGCAGCAGCUACUUCUCCAGGGGAGCUCUCUGGGUUUCAGGUGCAUUAGAUCGGGCAGCUAAAGCUGCAGCUGACUUAGGUAAUCGUGGUGUUCAUCAGUAAUGUUUUGGUACUCUUACAAUUCCUGGUGGUGUGCAUGAGCACCUUAUUCUGUAUGUAUGGUUAGCAGUUUAAUGCUUAUGUAGAGCAAAUAUCCAGCAGUAUACAUAGUUAAAAUAGGAAAGAACAAAGAACUACGCAUGCAUACGUUAAUGAAUAUAUGCUUGGGUUGGAAUAGAAGAGCAGCAUCUGAUUUCCUUUUAUCAU